AUGCUCGGUUCGUUCAACGGUGCGGACGUGAACUCGCUGUGCAGGCAAGGAGGAGAGGUGGGAGAGGAGGAGUUUGUACGGUGUACGUCCCCUGACGUCCUCCCGUACAUCGUCGGGCUGACGGGGGGGAUAGCAAGUGGGAAGUCUACGAUCUCCGGGAUGCUGAAGGAGGAAGGAUGCGAGAUUGUUGACUGUGACAAGCUCGGGCACCGGGCGUACCUGAAGGGGAGCGAAACGUUCAAGAGGGUUGUGGAGGCGUUCGGUAGCCAGGUGGUCGACCCUUCCUCUGGGGAGAUUGACCGACGGUCCCUGGCCAGCAUCGUCUUUGGUGACGCAGAGCAGAUGAAAGUCCUGAACGGGAUCGUGUGGCCAGCGAUCAGGGAGCUUGCGGUAGAGGAGAUGAAGGGGAUGAGGGAGAGAGGCGUCGAGCUGUGCGUGAUGGAGGCGGCGGUACUGCUGGAGGCGUGCUGGGAUGACUUCGUUGAUGAGGUAUGGACAGUCAUCGUCCCUGAAGAGAAGUCCAAGGAAAGGCUGAUGAAGAGGAACAACAUCAGCGAGGAGGAUGCAAAGAAGAGAAUUUCUGCGCAGAUGACCAACCAGGACAGAAUGAAACGAAGUGAUAUCAUCAUCUCCAACGAAUGGGAUACGGAACAAACUAAUCAACAGGUGAAA